AAGUUGACGAGCACGGAGAAUAAUAAAGUAAAAACUGUGUGGUUGAGGUUUGUGCAGAGAAGAGAGAAAUAACAGAAACAAAAAAAUAAUCUUAAAAAGAGAAAGUACCAAAAUUUUUUGGGACUUUUCAAUUAAAAGUUAUAAAGGACCUACUACUAUAUUCUUCCGGUAAUCCGUUGCCAUUGACGUGCAGCCCUUUCUCCGAAUCUCGAUGUUUCAACCUCUGAGCAUGAGAGCUUGAUUAGACCGACGCAUAGGAAUCCACUUCAUGAGUAGAAUGGAUCAAUCACAAUUGGAGAGAUACGAAGAGCUAGGGUUAAGGGAGGCCUUGAAUCGACCCCAUCGCUACCCACUCGCUUGCAAUGAGCUGAGCUCUAUCCUCCGAGACGCAUAUUCUCAACUCUCCAAGAAUCUUCAGUCUCAAAUCUUUCAUGACAUUCUCCUCGCCUUUCAGCUCCUUCCGGAAAUGCAGACGCAAGCUUCAAUAACUGCAGCUAACGCUCUUCUGCAUAGUGUGGACGCUGUUUUGCCUAAACAGAAGAGGAAUUUGGCUGCUAGAGAAUUCAAACAUGCAAUGAUAGCUCAUAAGAGGCGUGACAAGGCCAGUUGUGAUGAAGGCGGUCCUAUACAAAAACUUCAUGGAGAUGUUCUUGCACACAUCUUCCAAUUUUUGGAUGUUCAAACUCUGUUAUUUGCUGCACUAGUUUGCCGGUCAUGGAGAGAAGCAACUUGGGAUAACCGUCUGUGGCAGUCAAUAUAUGCCAAUUUUUUGGGCACUUCUGUUAACCUGUCUAAUGAUAUUGGGCAUAAAAGCAGCUACACAUCAUCCCAGAAUAUGCAAAGUACAUGUCAUGAAGAAAUAAAUACUACAACAAGUGUUGACUGGAAAGACGCUUUCAAGAUAGCUCAUAAAGAUAGAUCAUCGAAAAUGCUACUAACAUCUCCAAGGGGGUACUGCUGUUACUGUCGUUUAGCAGUCUGGCUUAAUAGUGGCAAGUGUUCGAAAAGUCAAACUGGUCAAGAGCGUUGCUAUGGUACGGUCAAACCUGUUUCAACUGAACAGAUUGUUCACUAUGUAUUAUCAGGCUCCAUACCUGGAUCUUCUUGCAUUUUUGACAGUGAUUCAGAAGAUAGUGAUGAUGAAUGUACGUGUAAGUUGUGGGCCUUUCCUACGCGACUCGCCUCGUUUAAUAUGUACAUAGAGAGGCAAGGGGAGAUUGAUUAGAGAUUUUAUAUGUAUACUAGGUUUCAAGCCCGUGCGAUGCACGGGCGGUAUGUAAUUUAUCUAAUUUAAAAUUUGAUUGGUUUUCGGAAUCAUAUAUAAUGUGACGCAAAAGCAAAAUAAACUCAGUCUAAAUAUAGAGUCUGUUUGAUAAUACUAAUAUUGGUGGAAUCAGUUUAUUUUGCUGAAAUUAAUUAAAUUCUAGCCGAA